GGCAACCAGCAACCAGUCGAGUUGGUUCACCGUGUGGUCGCAUCUCGGAUUGUCUUUGCCUGCGUUUCACUUCUCCUGGUUUAUUAUCUACACAAAGGAUUUUUUUUUUUUUAAUUUAAAAACAGGAGGACCACAGCGCGCUAAAGAGGUAACAUUUCGACAGAGCCUGUUUGUCAACUUGUCAUUGUGGUGCAAACAUGACUGAGGUGGCGCAGGUAGCGGCUGUAGUCGCCCACGACAUGGAUGAUGUCACAAAUGAAGAUGAGCACAGCAUGAGCGAUGCAGAAAACAAGGAAAAUGAUAAGACACAUGAGGAGGAUGAUGUUAAUGAAGAUAGCGCAGAAGAAGAAGAAAGUGAGAAGACGUCACCCAAGGAGGAUGAGAGUGAGGAGACUGACAAGACACGUAUGAAUGGUGUGGGACACAAAAGGAACGACACAGCCAAUGAGAAAGAUGAAAAAUCAGAAGCUGUUAAUGGUGUAGCACAGGACACAGAGACAAAGGAAGACCAGAGUAUUUCUGAUUUGGCAUUUAAGAAAGAGAAACUCCUCCGAUCUAGAAAGCCGGUGGCCAGAAGCUACGUGCCAAAGCUGAACAAAGACAAGGGGGAUGUGUCGAACAAGUUUGAGGCCAUGCAGAAGGCCAGGGAGGAGCGCAGCAGGCAGAGGAACAACGAGGAGCAGCAGAAGAGGAAGGAGCAAUACAUCAAGGAGAGAGAGCGGAGUCGCAGGAAGCAGCAGAUAAAAGAGCUACUUGCUUCCAGUGAUGAGGAAGAAGAGGUGAAGCCAGCAAAGGUAGAAAAAUCCUACGUCCCCAAAAUCACAGGUAGUGUGAAGGGGAAGUUUGCUGAAAUGGAAAAACAAAGACAAGAGGUAGAAAGGAAAAGGAUGGAAGGAGAGAGGAAGAAGAGGGAAGCCCAGGACAACAUGGAAAAAGCUAAAAUAAAGAAGGAAUUGGCUCAGAAAGCAGCUGAGGAAGGAGAUGACACAAUCCUGGUACGGGUGGUUCCAGCGAAGUCAUCACGACCUCCAGGCAGAAUCAAGUUGAACUUUGAAGACAUGGAGAAGAAUCGAGAGGAGGAACUGCAGAAGAAGGCAGAGGAAGAGAAGAAGAGACGAUACGAUGAAAACAAACGCUCCUUCAGGGAUGCCAAGCGACGCUCGGUUGUUCAACAGGAUGAAGAUGAGAAGCCUUCAGAGAAGGCUCAGGUGACCCCUGGCAAGCUGAAGAUGACAUUUGAGGAGCUGGAGAAGGAAAGGCAAGAGCAGAGAAGGAAGCAGGCUGAGGAGGAAGCCAAACGCCGCCUGCUAGAGGAGAAGAAAGCUUUUGACGAGGCCAGGCUGGGAAUGGAGGAAGAUGAGGAGGACGGUCAGCCAGCUCAGGAAGAUAAAGAGGAGUACCGACCUAGAAAACUGAGGUUGAGCUUUGAAGAACUAGAAAGGCAGAGGGUUGAAGAGGAGCGUAAGAAAGCAGAGGAUGAAGCCAAGAGACGAAUGGAGGAGGAGAGAAGAGCUUUUGCUGAAGCCAGGAAGAGCAUGCUUGUAGAUGAGGAUGAUGAGGCGCUGAUGGCCUUGCUGAACCUGGAAGGCAGUAAGCCUGGAAAGAUCUGCGCCAGUUUUGAGGAUCUGGAACGUCAGAGAAGAGAGGAGGAGCAGAGGAAGGCAGAGGAGGAGGCCAAGAGAAGGUUGGAAGAGGAGAAGAGGCUCUUUGCUGAGGCCCGCAAGAGCAUGAGCCCUGGCCUGGAUCAGGAAAGGUCUGCAUAUGGAGAUGGAACAGCACUAGAUGAGGAAGAAAUGAUGGUGAAGAGUGAAUCACAGGAAGCGCUGCACCCUAGAAAACUGGAGAUGAACUUUGAAGAGCUUCUGAAAGAAAAGCAGGAGGCAGAGAAAAGACGCAAGGCAGAGGAGCGCAAAAAGAAAAUGGAGCAGGAGAAGCAGGAAUUUGAACAACUCAGACAAGAGAUGGGCGAGGACGAAGUGAAUGAAAGCUCAGAUGCUGUAAGCAAAGAAUAUGAAGAACUGACCAAGCUCAAGAGGACUGGCUCCAUCCAGGCCAAGAACCUCAAGUCCAAAUUUGAAAAGAUCAAGCAGCUGACUGAAGAGGAAAUUCAGAAAAAGAUUGAGAUGGAGAGAGCACGGAGGAAGGCCAUUGAUGAUGAAAUUAAAGAGAGAGAGGCUGAGAGGUUCCAGGAGGAGGAUGAGGAGGGAGAAACAACAACUCAAGCGAGGGCCGAGGAGUCGCCAUUCAAACAGAAGGUGGAUAUGCGAGCCCGUUAUCAACAAAUGGCCAAAGCCAGAGAAGAUGAGGAGAGGAAGAGGAUAGAGGAACAGAAGCUGCAGAGGAUGCAGUUUGAACAGCAAGAGAUUGAUGCUGCCCUCCAGAAAAAGAAGGAAGAUGAUGUGGAUGACGAGGGUAGCGUCGUCAAUGGCUCUGCAGCCUAUGAAGAUGAGGAUGAUCAUGCCAGGUCGGGGGCUCCAUGGUUUAAGAAGCCCCUUAAAAAUCAAUCAGUGGUGGACUCGGAGCCAGUGCGGUUCACCGUUAAGAUCACCGGGGAGCCCAAGCCGGAGGUGACCUGGUGGUUUGAAGGAGAGAUGCUCCAGGACUGUGAGGACUAUCAGUAUAUAGAGAGAGGAGAGACAUACUGCCUCUACCUGCCAGAGACCUUCCCUGAGGACGAGGGAGAGUACAUGUGCAAGGCUGUGAACAGCAGAGGCACAGCAGCAAGUACCUGCAUCCUCACAAUAGAAACCUAUGACUACUGAUGCCCUUCCAUGUUCUGGAUACUUUCCCUGUUGUCUCUCACUCCUUUUGUAAAACUUCAUCCCUCAUGGUAUGGUCAAACAGCAGAGGGAAGAAAACAGCAGUAUGCUUGGCAUUCCUAAGGGAGGGAUACACAACACACAAAACAAUUGCAAGAUGUUGUUUACUUAUUGCUCAAUUGUAAAACUGCACUCCCUGUUAGAGUAGCAUGAUACCUGUGCCAAAAACAUACAAGAUUCUUAUUCAUUCUUUCUCAGAACUAUCAUCGCUGUGAGGCCCUUAUGAUAUCUGUGAUACCAGCAUUUUUUAAGUAUCAUAGUACUGUGUUGUAAAUAUCACACUUUAUGGUCCAUACAUGGCAAACAUUAUGUUUAAGUCACUGAAAUAUACAAAAAUAAGAUGUCAUUUUAUGCUAAUACUAAAGGACAAGACACAAUAACAUCAGUAAAACAUCUUACAUGCUUGCUUGGGUAUUUUACUAUUGCUCAACUUCAUCAGUAUUAACCAGCAUGUAGUUUUCUGUCCUCUCUCUGCCAUAUUAGUAAAUGCUAUUAUGAUACUUAGCUGGUAUUAUAUCGAGGUGUAACAUGUUAGGUCCAGAUUAAAUGUAUAAACUGCAACAUCUAAAAAAGUUU